CUUGUGUGGGCGGGACUUGUCGGAAUACAGGCGUGCAAUAAUAGCUAACGCCCUAAUUGAGUAAAAUAAUCACGUCUGUGAGCUUUUCCCCUUUUUGCAGUAAUGGAGCUGAGUGAGAUUUUAUACAACAAGGCGGAAUACAUCGAGACAGCGUCGGGCAAUAAAGUGAGCAGGCAGUCGGUUCUGUGCGGAAGCCAGAACAUCGUUCUGAACGGAAAAACCAUAGUGAUGAACGACUGCAUCAUCAGGGGAGAUCUGGCUAACGUCAGGGUCGGCAGGCACUGCGUCAUCAAGAGCAGGAGCGUGAUCCGUCCGCCGUUUAAAAAGUUCAGCAAAGGGGUGGCUUUCUUCCCCUUGCACAUCGGAGAUCACGUCUUCAUAGAGGAGGACUGUGUCGUGAACGCGGCUCAGAUCGGCUCCUACGUCCACAUCGGGAAAAACUGUGUCAUCGGUCGGCGAUGUGUACUGAAGGACUGCUGUAAAAUCCUGGAUAACACGGUCCUGCCUCCCGAGACGGUCGUUCCUCCUUUCACAGUGUUCUCGGGAUGUCCAGGAUUAUUUACAGGCGAGCUGCCCGAGUGCACACAGGAGCUGAUGAUCGACGUGACCAAGAGCUAUUAUCAGAAAUUCCUACCAUUAAGCCAAAUCUAACCACCGAACCGAUCCGUCUCUCACACUCGGACUCUUUACCCGUCAUCAUUUCUUCAUUUGCUAACUUUGGAUGAAACAUGAUGGAUGAUUCCAACGAUGUCCUCUGAUAAAGAUCUGUAUAUUUG